AAUUUCUGAUAGGAGCUUUAUCUUGGUGACCAGGAUUUUUAAAGAAUUCGUAGCGUGUUUAGAUUUUUACCUGCGACUUUACUUAAUCUUCGAAUCGGUUUAAAGUCACACUUACAUGUACAGAUAUACAUGAAUAAAGUUGUGGGUAGGUGGGUCUCUUUGCCCCUGUGGAGUAUUUAUAUAUAUGGUAGGAAGAUUCGCACCGAUGUAUCGCGUUGAUAAUACAAGUCAAUAGUUUUAAACCCCGGUAGUUACGAUUGUUUGUGUUUAUAACGGGUCUUGCCAGGUGAAUGGGUUUUUUACCUGUCUAAGACACCGAGAGAAACGGUUUGAAGUGAUUUUGACAGAUUUUUUUAUUUAACAUGGACAUUGUUUUAUUUUCGGUGAUAUAACGCAAAAAGGGAAGGAAAAAAAGUCAGUAUGUUUAUUUUGGUCAAAUACGGUAAUAAUGAAACACUUCUAUGCAAUCCUAGCUGUGCUGUGAUUAAUUUACUGACCAAUAUCAAAAGGCGAGCUGGAUAUGGAAAUUCUAAUGUAACAGUUGAUCUUUCGGACGAAACAGGGUUAGUAAAAGAACUCGACAACCAUCGUCAUGAUUAUGCCAAUAAGUAUCUGACGUCACACGAAACUUACAUCCUAGUCCAGAAAGAACUCCAGUCAGAUAACACCUCUGUAGAUUCGGGAUCCACCCCUAACCAGAACUACCAAUAUAAACCUCUACUGGAAAAGUUUGAAGAACUAUUUCCUAAUUAUAAACUUCACGUAGACCACAUUCCACCAAAAGUGUCAAAGAAACGGCCCGGAAAAUCCCCAAGUCCGGCUGGAAGAUUUGCUCCGAAGUCUAAAACAAAGACUGUUGAGACUAUAUCGAAAAAGGCUGUAAACAAAAAGAGAUAAAAAUAAAAAGACACCAAAAUACUGGCGAUUCUGGGGAGCCCUAAACUAACAGCAUGGGUGUGCCAUUUGAACCAUGGACAUCUUAAACGAGACACCAUUAAGUUUUCGUUUUAAUAAAAUCAAUAUAUAUUAUAAAUAUAUAUUACUUGUGUAACCUCACUUGGAUAGAGAAUGUUUACUAAACAGUUCUGUGUAAGUGAACAACAGUUAUUUUCAGCAUUAGUGAACUACUGCUUAAUCUAAUAUUGGAAAUCAAAAUGAUAUUGAGAAAACAUUAUUGAUGUUCAAUAAUGGGUCUCAAAAAUUUAUGCAAUUUUUAAAUGCUAUUGACAUUUAUUGUAUUUUCACUUCUUUAUGUUUCUGAUAUUUAAAGCCUUUUAUUAA